GAGACACUGCACAGUACAGUACAGUACUGUCCAUUAGUGGUUCAUUAAUUGAAGAUCAACAUAAUAUCUGUUUUAAGAAGUGGUCACUUACAGCAGCAUUAGUACUGUACUACCAGUAUACAGUACUGUAGAGUCUUUUGGAAUAAUAAUUAUUAAACUUCCAUAACACAGAGUGCUCAAAGUUUAUUGGCAAUAAGCGGAGGUGCAUCUUUGGCAGCUUACGCAAGACCUCUAGUCAUGGCAUCAGGGGGCUCAUCAUUUUAUGACUUCAGUGCUCCUGACAUUGAUGGUAAUGACGUGGCAAUGGAGAAAUAUAGGGGCCACGUCUGCAUUGUGGUGAAUGUGGCGAGUAAGUGAGGUAAAACUGCCGUGAACUACACCGAACUGGUGCAGCUUCACGAGAAAUAUGAAGCCAAAGGACUGUGUAUCCUUGGCUUCCCUUGCAACCAGUUUGGAAGCCAGGAACCUGGUACAGAGGAAGAAAUUAAGAAGUUUGCUGAAAGCUAUGGAGUAAAGUUUGACAUGUUCUCCAAAGUUAAAGUGAAUGGGAAUGAUGCCCAUCCUCUGUGGAAUUUCCUCAAGUCUAAGCAAGGAGGAAUUCUUGGCAACUUUAUCAAAUGGAACUUCACCAAAUUUUUAAUUGACAAGGAAGGAAUACCAGUGUCUCGCUAUUCUCCACAAACUAACCCAAUUCCAACAAUUGAAAAAGAUUUAGAGAAACUUCUGUAAGCCUUCAAUGUGGGUCAUGGUGUGUGGGGAAACUGAUGCAGAGGUGCUCAAGCAUUCUUCCAAUGCCUUCAAAUGAUAGAUAAACAAAGAAGAUUAGAAGAGUUGCUAUGAAGGUUUGCAGGUAAACUUAUAUCUUAAGACUUGUAGACUGGAUGUUUUGGCUCUAAAUUAUCUUUGUCUUGUCUUGUUGUGUUGUGCAUCUGUUGUUUGCUCCAAUAUAUACAUUAAGCUUAUGAGCAUCUUCCAAAUGUUUUAACUAAUGAAAUAGAAAUAGAGACUGAAACUUAUGUCCUGUUGCAGAUGUCAAUAGUGAGGGACUUGUGCCAUAAAAUAUCUAGUCGUUUGUCACCGGGUAUUAAUAUAAUUAUGUAUUUGUUGUUUGCUUUUUCAUUGAAGCCCUGUAUUGCAUCUUCAGUUGUCAUAAUAAAUGCUCAAUAAAUAAAUCAAA